AUGGCGUCUGAAACCAAUGGAAAGAGUCCAGUCAAAACAAAUGGCGACGUCCGCAGCGAUGUCCAAAUUAUCCCCCUGAAGCCCCUUGAUCAAUGGCGGCCCCUGGAAGAGAUCCGAUCCCUAUUGUUUCUCGUCGUACGCGAGAACCUCAAUGAAGAAGCUAUGCGGGAUUCUCUCGAUAGGCUUAUUAGAGAGCAUCUGCCCCUCAUUGGAGCUCGAAUUGAGCUUAAGAAGUCCGACCUCGAGUAUCGUUUCCCGAAGCCAUUCCCACCGGCUUAUCUCCUGUUUGAGUGGACAAACAAAACAAUAGACUCCUCUUUGGGAGAUACCAGUCUUCUACCACAAGCACCUCAAUCUGACUCUGGUCCUUCAUUUGCGUCAUCCAACAUCCUAGAUAUGGAGAGAGAAUGGACUCCAUCCACUUGGCCCGUGGAGCGCAAAUUCGAGAAGCCCGAUGCUCCUCUCCUUUUUGUACACAUCACCAAGUACACCGACAGCACGAUAGUCGCAUUGAACCUUCCACAUUCGGUCUCCGAUCAGCUAGGCUUUGGAAGCAUGAUCAAUGCAUGGAUGCAGGUGCUCAAUGGCGAAACUCCACCUGAAUUUGUCGAGCUCUCAGUAGAUGCACUCGACGGUCCAAAGCUCUCGCAGAAGGAGCUCCGAAUGAAAGGCAAAUUUCGCAUCCUCAGUAGCAGAGAGCGAGCUACGAAAAUCAUCCCUUUCAUCCCGGGAUUCGUUCGGGACCCGAAAGAAGUUCGAAAGACCCUGUUCUUGCCUGUCAAUCUUGUAGAUGACCUACGUGAGCGCUGCAUGGUCAAAUUGAAAGCAAAAUAUGGCGAGGAUGCAGCUACACUAUCAAACGCAGAUGUGAUCACUGCUAUUCUCGCUAAGUUCGCUUUUCUGAGCCUAAAGGACUCGAAGAUGGUGACCCUGAGCACAUCUCUCAAUAUUCGAGGACGGCAUCCUGCUCUCCCGGCGGAUAAACCAUACCUUCACAAUGGCCUCUCAUUUGUUGUUUCACGACUGCCAGUCGCAAAGACUCCAUUAGCCGAAGUGGCCUACAAGAACCGCCUCGCAGUCAACGAAGGGCUCAAGUUGACAAACAUCGAGCGCAGUUUGGCAGUUAGCAAGGAGAUGUACAAGCGACAACUUCAACUUCAUGUCAUUGAGCCGCCUGGUCUCAGCUACGCGAUUACAAAUUGGUGCGGAGCAUGGCGCGAGCUUGACUUUGGACCGGCUGUAGUGAGAACGGAGGACAGCGUGGUAGAUGGUGGUGUAAAGGGAUCGGCUAUACCUCUUGUCUUUGGCCACUCUCUUCAACGCCAUUUACCGACAAGAUUCAAUGGACAUAUCAUGUGCAAGGCUGGCGGGGGGUAUUGGUGUGAUUUUACUGCGAUUCCAAAAACAAUAGCUAAGCUUGAGAGUUUAUAG